UACAACUAAUGGGUAAAAAGAUCAGUGUAGGUCUGACAUUGGAAGCCCUCAGAGAAAGUGAGUUAGCUGUUAGGCCUCACGAUGAGCUGUGCGAUCAGUAAAUAUCAUGAGAAGGUUCAGAGUAUGAGCCCUCCGAGUAACUCCUUGGUGUCACAUGUGGCAUAGGUUCUGGCUGGCAGUGGAGGACCUCAAGAAAAGGCCGAUUAAAGAAGUGCCCUUGCGAGUCCAGGAAAUAUGGCAAGAAUUUCUGGCUCCGGGAGCUCCCAGUGCCAUUAACUUGGAUUCUAAGAGUUAUGACAAAACCACACAGAACGUGAAGGAACCGGGGCGAUACACAUUCGAAGACGCUCAGGAGCACAUUUACAAACUGAUGAAAAGUGAUUCCUACCCACGUUUUAUAAGAUCCAGUGCCUAUCAGGAACUUCUACAGGCAAAGAAAAAGUCUGGAAACUCAAUGGAUCGCAGAACAUCUCUUGAGAAAUUUGCACAGAAUGUGGGCAGAAACAUCCCUAUUUUCCCAUGCCAUAAAAACUGUACACCAACACUGAGGGCCAGCACUAACCUGUUAUGAAAAGAGGGGAAAUCUCUCACGUCAAAGAGGUUAACAAGCCUUGUUCAGUCGUACUAAAAGGAUCAUCUUGUAGCACGGAAACAGAGUGGAGUCAUUGCACAUACAUUGUAGCUCCUUGUUGUUACCCAGCGGUGCAGAGGACAUUAGACCAAGAUGUUGCAUGAGCAAAGGACGUGAAUUGUUAUUUUUGUGUGUACAUUCCAUCUCCAAGGGACCCUUUACCAUCUCAAUGCCUCCAUUUCAAACUGUUGUCUGCUUUUUUUCUCCUUCUACUAAGCUGUAUCUAUGUCUUUUCCUUUUUAACAAGUUCAAGUGAAGUAAAACCUGUUUUUUUAUUUCUCUCUCUCUCUCUCUUUCUCUUAAAGCUACCACUAGACACACACAGUUCACUGAAAAUUCAGUCAGUCACAAACUGGAAGAAUUGUAAAAGAAAAAAAAAACCCGUAUAUCAAUAAGUAUACAUAUGGCUUCACAUUUAUUAAACAAUAAAUUAGCACAGAAGGUUUCAUUUCACCAAUGUACUCACAGUCAGAAACAAGCUCAUGUUUUUGUUGUCUGUACACUCUCGGUUAAUGUUUCUUGCAUUUAUUUUUAUACCAUAUUUAAAGAAGAAACACCUUUUAUUCCAAAUGUAUCAAAGUUGAUCCCUUCUCUGUAAAUUUGUGUAUGUUUAUAUUGUUGUUUUAUCUUUCAUUAAAAGAUGCAGAAUCUC